AUGUGUACACGCUUUUUCAGCUCCGCAUUGCUAACUACUGGCUGUGCUAUAGUGUUGUUAAGCUACCUCAUUUAUAACCGGUUCUCGAUAAAGGAAAUGUCGCCGAAACCGUUCGAAAACGCCGAGGGCGGCUCGGUGAAGCUGAACAGCGGCUAUUUCAUGCCGAUCAUGGGCCUGGGAACUUAUAAGUUGCCUGAGGGCGCAGAGCUCGGCUACUGCCUGGAUGCGGCUCUUCGGGUUGGCUACCGUCUUUUCGACACGGCCAUCAAGUAUGGAAAUGAGGCGGAUAUUGGCAUGGCUUUGGAGUCCCUACUUCCGAUUCACAACUUGAAACGGGAAGAUAUUUUCAUCACCUCAAAAAUCUUCCCUCCAAAGGACAAUUUCGCCGCCGAGGUGGAGAAAGGCGUUGGGGAGAGCUUGAUCAAGUUAAAGACGAGCUAUAUCGAUCUCUACCUGGUCCACUACCCGACCUACGAUGUGUUUUCUGAAGAGGCCGAUCAGGAUCCAAUGAAUGCUGAGCGGCGGAAACAGACCUAUUUGGCGCUCCAAAAAAUUGCUCAAAGCGGACGGAUCCGCUCCGUCGGAGUCUCGAAUUUUGAGGAGCAACACCUGGCUGAGCUCGAAAUUCUGAAUGUCCCGAUGCCGGCAGUAAAUCAAGUCGAAUACCAUCCCCACUUCAUCCGUAAGGAGCUGCACGAGGCCUGCAAGAAGCGGGGGAUCGUCUUCUCGGCAUUUGGUUCUUUGGGCCGAAUGGCACCCUCACUUUUCCAAGACGAGGCCGUCGACAAGAUGGCCACGGCGAUGGGAUGCAAUAAAGCGCAACUGCUCCUCGCCUUCGCCAUCAGCCAAAACAUUCCAGUGUGCCCGAAAUCGACGAAAGAAGAGCGGAUGCGAGAGAAUUUUGAGAGCUACAAAUUCCAACUGACUGACGACAAGGUGAAAGCUCUCGAAGCCAGAGACAAGCCUGGUACCGAGGGCAACUAUAUUCGGGCUUAUGGCUGGCGGGUGCGA